AGAGCACAGCCAGGAAAGUUGCCGCAGAGAAUACCUGCUGGCCCGACAGUCUCUUUCUCUCUCGCAGAGCUUCAGUCAACGGCAGACAGUUGCGGACGCUGGAUGUCGCAUCACUGAAGCAAACGACUGAAACCUGGAAUUACUUUUACAUUAAGAAAUUACUGCGUAUAAAGUUUAUUUACUUAUCAUUAGUGAAUCAGGGAAAGAUUCUGCUGUCGAUGUAUAAAAGAAAUAUCGGGAGGCAGAGUGAAAAGAUCUAAAUAACUAAAUAACAUGAAAACCUUGGAAUAUGAAGCAGUGGUUAACAAGAGGGAUGGUUUAAUCACGCGUAUCUACUAAAGCUUUUUCUACACUUCAUGACGAAGUUGUUUUUAGGUAAAACGAGGAGGCGCGACACUCACCAGAGAUCUCGAAAACUCAAGUCCAGGAUAAUCCGUAAAAAUAAAUUUUGUCGACAACAUGGAGUCGUAUGUCUUCAAGUCUGCAGCAUACCUCUCGACAGCUCUUGCCUUCGUCCUUUUGGCAACUGUCGAAGCCGUUCCUCUGGAAAAAGCAAAUUUGUGCUAUUUCAUCACCUGCAGGGAAAACUGCGAUCCGGACAAACCCGAAAAGUAUCAACCACAACGAUGCGAGAGGUGCACCUGCCUGGACCACGGUCUUGGUCGUUUAGAUCCAAAUUCUCUGUCCAUCCCAGAAAGAAUAGCAGCCAUGGAGUCUUCUAUAUCAGAGCUAAAAGCAACGACCGGAGUACAACUUUGUGUGGUAUUACUCAUGCUACUUGUAAUGGUUGUGUUAUUCGUCCAAGGUGCUGACAAUUUCCCAAAGCUUGAUCUACCAGUUUUCUUUUGCAAGAAGAAAAUGAUGAAAGCUUCUAAAGAUAACCCACCAACAAAAAACAGUAUUAGUGUUGCUGACACCUUGACAAUCAGCAGGAUAGUCGAUAAGCAGAGUGAAAGCAACCUUCAAUUAAGAACAUCAUCCAUGACACACUCAGCGCUAAGUGAUUCUAGCCUACAAGUCCGGCCUCCUCACUGCAGACUGAGACAACCGUCCGAAUCAUCUUGUCCCGAAGAAGGAAGUGAUAUUGGACCUCAAGGAUAUGACAACCUCGGUCUUUCAACUUCCACCAUUGACAUUACAGCCACCAAUAAUGACGCAAAUACCUCGACAGAUACACUAGGGGCUGGAAUCUCCACAAACACUCUACACACCACACUGCCUUCGGAGGACUACCAAGCUUCAGAUGAGCAUACCAACACGAGAAUGUGAUAUAUGUACAACCUUUACAUCUACGAUUCAGAUAUUAUGUUCCCUGAAAGGAAUAUUUUCUUACUGAAUAAAAAACAAUAUUUCAAACAACAAAAUUUCCAUAUUGUGUGAUCCCAAUAUGCUUUGAAAAAAAGUUAGUUUAAGUUGCACAUAUAACUCCAUAAAAACCUGAUAUAGUUGAACACAUACCAUACUGUAUUUUACAAUGCACUGAGCAGGUAUAUGCUAUUAGAAAACUUGAACCUUCAAACUAGGAACUAUUCUAUGAUAUGGAUGAUGUCUUUAAUUUUUGUCAAAAUUUCAAUUAUGAUAUUUUAACUUUAAAAGUAGAGAGAUCUCAUGGAAUAAUG